UUACAGUCUAGGGCUUGCUGCUGAAAAGCCCGCUGGAUCCUCCACUGACCUGCUGUUCUUUCCUGCUUUCCUCUCGUGUUUUUUUCCACAUUUAGAUUAAAAACAAAGCUCUCUCUCUCUCUAUCUCUCUCUCUCCCUCCUCCCCUCCCUCCCUCAUCAUCUUCUUCUCCUUCUUCUCCUUCUUCUUUUCUGCGGCAGCAGUCAACGUAGAGGCUUCAGUGUGUCAUAGAGAGGGCGAAGAGGAGGAAAAAGCAGAGAAGAAGACUGUUUGGACGCAGCAGAGUGUGUGUUUACGUUUGUAUGAUUCGCCAUUGGACGGCCGGGUGAAGGGGCACGAGGAGAGGAGUAGGAGGAGGAGGAGAAGAACAGGGGAGCCUGCCUGGAUGAAAUUCUCUGUGUCAUGUCAGUACGUGUGGACCUUGACUGAUCACAGGGUGAGGAAAAGGGAGAGACACUAAGAGGAAGACGAAGAGGGGACAGAGAGAAAGGGGGAGAAACUGAGACUUUUGUUUCACUGGGAAAAGAAGAAGAAGAAGCAGCAGGAGGAGGUAAAGUCUGGCGCUCCGUUUUAUCAUGACAUUGUUGGAUAAACGAACCAAGGGAUUGAGCGCUCUUCAGUUGUGUGUCAACAGGAAUUCUCCUCAGAAGACAGAGAGAGGGAGAGAGAGAAAAUAAGGAGAGAGACUCUGGAAGAGUGAAGACUGCUGUGUUCAGCCCAGCUCAGGAGCAGAGAGAGACCGGACUUACUGAGUGUGUGAGAGUGUGAGUGUGUUUGGGGGUUUGUGUGUGUGUGUGUGUGCGUGGCUGUGUAACCGGUGGAGGGCAGAGGAGUGGAGGGCCAGGGGACUAACCUGGCCAUCAAACGGACUGGCAGCCUCUCCUCUCCUGGGAUCAUGUACCCUCAGGGCAGGCAUCCGGUCCCCUUGCAGCCCGGCCAGUCUUUCAAGUUCACAGUCCUGGAAACUCUGGACCGUAUCAAGGAGGAAUUCCAGUUCCUCCAGGCUCAGUAUCACAGCCUGAAGCUGGAGUGUGAGAAGCUGGCCAGUGAGAAGACUGAGAUGCAGAGGCACUACAUCAUGUACUAUGAAAUGUCCUACGGUCUCAACAUUGAGAUGCACAAGCAGGCAGAGAUUGUCAAGCGUCUCAGUGCCAUCUGUGCUCAGAUCAUCCCUUUCCUCUCUCAAGAGCACCAGCAACAGGUGGUCCAAGCAGUGGAGAGAGCCAAGCAGGUCACCAUGGCAGAACUCAACGCCAUUAUCGGGCAGCAGCAGCUCCAGCACCUGUCUCACCAUGCCCCUGGCAUCCCUCUGACGCCACACCCAUCAGGCCUGUCCCUGGGCGCAGGCGGCUCAGGGCUCCUGGCGCUGACUGGGGCCCUGGGGGUCUCAGCUCACCUUGCGUCCAAAGAUGAGCGCAACCACCUUGACCCUGAACAUCUUCGAGAGGGAGCCCCCAGCAGGAGUAAGUCAGUGUCAUCAACAGACAGUCAGCCCACUGAGGAGCGCCAGGGCCCUUCAGGAGGCUACUCCUCUUCACAGGGAGGAGCUGAGGCCAAGCGGAGGCGCUGUGACGACAAAGAGCCUCUUCCACCACACUCCUAUGACAGUGAUGGAGACAAGAGUGAAGACAAUCUUGUGGUGGACGUCUCCAAUGAGGAACCUAACUCUCCUGCAGGCAGCCCUCCUCACUCCCCCCACGGGAACGGCUUAGACCGGGCUCCUACCCUAAGGAAAGAGCUCCCAGGUUCCUCAAGCACAGGAGAGGCCCCCUCCACCCCAAACCCCCGCAGCCCCACCCCAGGCAAGGCCAAGGACCCUACUCAGAUGGAUAAGUCCCAAUCUCCGCUGUCUAAGUCUGGCACCCCAUCCCCGUCCCACCGUGAGGCCCUUACCCCUGGAGCACCAGGAGCUCCUGGUCCAAGCACUUCCUGCCUUCGUCUGGUCAGCAAAGCAGCAACCAGUGCAGACCCCCUUGCUCUCCGCAGUCCCAUGUCUGUGCCCCCCGGUUCAUACCCGGCUCAUUUUGGCGUGGUGUCCCACGCAGGACUGAAUGGGGAGCUGGCGAGCCCGGGAGGUUUCGGUGGGGCUCUGACUCUCUCGCCACAAAUCAGCGCAGCAGCCAGCGCUUACUCCCGAAGCCCCAUGGUGGCUUAUGACUCUCGGUCUCACCUGAGAGCACCGGGGCUGCCCUCCUCUCUGCCUGGCUCCUCUGGGGGAAAGCCCGCCUACUCGUUCCAUGUGAGUGCAGACGGCCAGAUGCAGCCGGUGCCCUUUCCCCCUGACGCCCUGCUGGGCCCGGGAAUCCCUCGCCACGCCCGUCAGAUUCACACCCUGAGCCACGGAGAGGUGGUGUGUGCUGUCACCAUCAGCACCUCGACGCGCCACGUCUACACUGGAGGAAAGGGUUGCGUUAAAGUGUGGGACAUCAGCCAGCCGGGCAGCAAGAGCCCCAUGGCCCAGCUGGACUGUCUGAACAGGGACAACUACAUCCGCUCAUGUAAAAUCCUCCCUGACGGGCGAACCUUGAUUGUCGGCGGGGAGGCCAGCACACUGUCAAUCUGGGAUUUGGCCACACCCACUCCCCGCAUCAAGGCGGAGCUGACAUCGUCCGCUCCCGCCUGCUACGCUCUGGCCAUCUCCCCUGACAACAAGGUCUGCUUCUCCUGCUGCAGCGACGGCAACAUCGUCGUCUGGGACCUUCACAACCAGACGCUGGUCAGGCAGUUCCAGGGCCACACGGACGGAGCGAGCUGCAUCGACAUCUCCAACGACGGCACCAAGCUGUGGACAGGAGGGCUGGACAACACCGUCCGCUGCUGGGACCUCCGAGAGGGACGCCAGCUCCAGCAACAUGACUUCACCUCGCAGAUCUUCUCUCUGGGCUACUGUCCGACAGGCGAGUGGCUGGCUGUGGGAAUGGAGAGCAGUAACGUGGAAGUCCUGCAUGUCUCCAAACCUGACAAGUACCAGCUGCACCUCCACGAGAGCUGUGUUCUCUCCCUCAAGUUUGCUUACUGCGGCAAGUGGUUUGUGAGCACAGGAAAAGACAAUCUGUUGAAUGCAUGGAGGACACCAUAUGGUGCUAGUAUUUUCCAGUCCAAGGAGUCCUCGUCUGUGCUGAGCUGUGACGUCUCCCCGGAUGACAAGUACAUUGUGACGGGAUCCGGGGACAAGAAGGCCACGGUGUAUGAGGUGGUGUACUGAGGGCCGGGACGAGAUGCCAGGGGACAGGACGGAGACUUUGGGGUGGUUUUGGGGUGUGGAGGAAGUGCACCCAGUUGCCCUGCCAACUGCUCCCAAUCCUCAUUACAGCAGCAGCAGCAGCAGCAGCAACUCCGUCUCAGUCCUCUUGAGUCCUCCUGACCCUCAUCCCUAAUACAUCACCCCCCUCCCCUUUUUGCUGUGAUAUAAGCUACUGUGGAAGCUCCCAAAUGCCCCUUCCCCUCCUCCGCCUUCCACUUUUAGCCCAAGGACGAGGCAUGAUAGUAUAGAGAGAGGCAGAAAAGAAACAGCAAGAUAAGAAGGACAAAAGGAAAUGGGCGGUGGAGCAUAAUGAUAAAGACGGGAGGAGAAAGGGGGGAAAGACGAGAUGGAGGAGAGAAAGCGAGAGUGCAGAAGGGAGAGAAAUGAAAGGGAGGAAGAGGAGGACAAGGAGGAGAGGGAGAAGGAGGAGGAGGAGGAGGGAGGCAGGGUAAUUAGGGCUGUUUCCUGAUUAAGAGCUCAGUGGAAGGGAGGCCCCCAGAGGAGGCGCGGAGCAGCACUGUGGGAGCACCAGCCAGGAGCACUGAUACCACACAAUCGAUUCAUUAGCCAGACAGUGGAAGCCUUAAUGAGGCUGACGCCGCAGCUCGCUCUCCCCAGCGAGAGGUGUCAGGAGCUGGGGAACGAUGACGCUCCUGAGAUGGAGGGGGUCGCUUCAGAUAUCCACAUACACUGACAUGAAACAUAGACCUGCUAACACACACACACAUAAGGUGCACGUCAUCGAGCAAGAGUGCACACACACACACACACUUGGAUAUACCCCCUUGAGGUAAUUGUAGGAAGAGAGAAACACACACACAACACGCAGAGCACCCAAUUAAACAUUCAUCGCCGCGCUCCCCAUCUCACUGCUUAAUAUCUAUUUUAUUUUGGUCUGACAAAGGCAGCGUCUAAUGAGCAGCGGAGUCAAUGGGAUUCUCCCAGGGCCCCGAGACACAAACAGAGAACAUCAGCCGAGCUGUUCCUUCUAAUUCCUCUGGAUUGUUCUCCUGACACCGGGCGCUGCACUCACUCUCAUUAAAGGCACUGUCAGCUAGAUGAAGUAGCAGCACGGCAACUUCACUGUAAGGCAGACAAGAGGGCAAAUUAACACCAUCUGAUUACGCUAUCAUCAGCAGCCAACUAAGCAGCGACUAAUCCGAUUCCUUUCAAAUUUUAUGCAACUAGUUGCUGUUUUCAUUUACAAACCAGAUGAGAUUACAUGUUUAUCGGAGUCAUUAUCUCCAUCUCUGCCUGCCUGCUGAUGUGCUAGUGUUCAAAGUGCUCUGGCUAAAUCUUGUUUGAUAAGCUAGUGAUUGCUAUUAAUUGAGAUGCUAAACACCUUAAAGGACAAGUUUAACUUUUUGGGGAAUAUGUUUACUCGCUUUCUUGCUGAGAUUUUGAUGGAUGGAUUUUGAGGAUUGAUACGAUUCUCAUGUAUGUAUGUUAAGUAUGAAGCCACCGCUAGAAGCCUGCUAUCGUAGCUUAGCAUAAUGACUGAGGACACUGCUGGCCUAUUGCUAACUGGAUGCUACAAAUUCCACCUACCAGCAUCUUUAAGCUCUCUGAUUAACAAGUUAUAUCUUGUUUAGUCCAUAAAAAGUGUGAAAAUAACCAGUAACCUAUUUCCAGGUCAGGACCAGUUGCCUGGCAAUGAUAGGACACUUUUUGUGGGGAUUAAACAAAUGAGGUAUAGCAUGUUAACCAGUGAGUUUUAGACAUGCUGGCAGGUGGACUUUUUAACUUUCAGUCAGAGCUAGAUGAGCUGUUUCCAAUCUGCGUCCUAAGAUAAGUUAGCAAACUGCUGGCUAGCUGCAAGUUUAGCAUACAGACAUGAGAGUGGUGUCAAUCUUCUCAUCUAACGAACUCUCAUCAACAAUGCGAAUAAGCACAGUCAAGCUUACUUAGUCAAACUUCUCUAAACCUGAUUCUUACUUUCAGUCCUCCUUGUAUCAUACUCCAAACUGGCAGGCAAACACUAUAUCAGAGCUCUCUGCUUCUGUAGAACAUGCGUCACCAGUGUAGACUAAAAAAAAAAGGCACAUUUCAAGCUUUUCUUUUAUUACUCAUUUAUUUCAGUAUUUUUUAUGAAUAGUGAUUGCUCGUCUUAUGUAAUGAUAUGUUUAUGUAUUGGGGUUGCCUAUGACUGCGUUUCGGGUUCGGGGGAAGCAAACAGAGAGGGAUGCACUCACACAUGGAGACAUUAAAAAAAAAACUUUAUUUUCUUUUGUUCUUUUAAUUUGUGUACCUUAUCCUUGGUGAUGGUGACAGGCAGGGGGAAUACAAGAUCAGCAAACCCAUGUGAAGAAAAAAAAAAUAAGACCCUCCAUUUGGGAGAAAAGUUCCCCUGUCUACUGUUUGGUGUUUUUUGUUUUAUUCCCCUUUUUCAAAAGUGGUAGUAAGUGUACUUGAAUCUGUUUUCAGUCCUUAUUGUGUAAUUAUACUACGUUUCUGUUGAGUCUGUGGUCAGUGUACAGCAGGCAUCGGCUGCGACAUGUCAAAACAGAUUUAGCCAUCAAAGAGGUCCCAUUUUUUACUGCAUGCUUGUACAGCUACAGUGAAAUGGUCUCUCAUCCACAGUUUUACAGGAGGAUGCAUCUUACAUUACAGUAUGCAAUUUAGUUCAGCUGUAAAAAGUUCUAGCAAGAUGUCCAUGUUUCUCUCUGCAGCGUUAAUCCAGAUAGAAGAAUUAUGAGGGACUUCUACAGUGGCUACUGUACCAGCUAGGAGUCAGAGAUCAUCUGUACAGUUUAAUGCCUUUGCCUGCCUUUUUCCCUUUCUGUCUGUCAGCCACAGGCAGACCCAAACGAUAUUCUCAUACACAAGCUUGUAUACUACUCAGAAUGACGCUGUAUAAUGGCUAUGCAUUUGGUGGUAUAGCGUGAAUAUUUGGGACAUUGUAUUUGAUACUCUUCUUUAAUUGUCAGUAAUGUCUCUCUCCCCUGCCUGUGCUUUCUCUGUUCCGACGGUAUAAAACUUUUUUUUUCUGCUUUACAAGCUCAUGUUUAGUUUCUUUUAAAAAAGCCAAGGACUUUUCUUUUUUUUAAAUGCACUGUGUCUUCCCUCCUGAUGCGUUUCCCAUGUGCUGUACAAGAAAUGCUCUGUGUGAAAAAUAAACCAAACUUGUGUUCAUCCUUU